AUAAUAUUUCUAAACAUUUUCAGAUUUCAUGUCAACCUAAGAUUCAGUGGUGGAAUUGCAUUUCAUUUCAAUCCAAGAUUUGAUGAAAACACCAUAGUUCGUAACAGCAAACUGAACAAUAGUUGUUGGGGAAAGGAGGAGCGUCAAAUGCCAUGUGGAAUGUGUUUUUCAGCUGGCCAAAGCUUUGUGAUUGAAAUUGUUUGUGAACACCAUGCUUUCAGAGUGAACGUUAAUGGGAACCAUGUGUGCAAUUAUAAUCAUCGUGUCCCACAUCUUAAUCAAAUAAACACUCUGCAGAUAGAGGGUGAUGUUGUCCUGCAGCAUGUUCAGAUUUAG